ACCUUAUAAUUGUCUGUUGAUAGACCGUUUGUGCGUUUCAUCUCCCAAAUGCCUUGAGAUUACACUUGUCUAAAUUCUAACGCUUCAACAUGCCCGAAUCAGGCGAAAUCAAGUCACAGGCAGCUAAAUCUGACCCUCAAACUACCUCUCCGCCACCGUCGCAGCAACCUCAAACGGCUGCUUUGCCACUAAAGCGUCCCCAACAACUGGAAUCGUCCCCAAACCCAACAACUCCUUCAGUCACCGAUCCCAAAGACGUCACUCCCACCACUAUCUCCUCCCGUAUUACUGAACCUGAUUUCAUCUAUAUUCCCAGUUAUUCCCGUUGGUUUUCAUGGAAUAGCAUUCAUGAAUGUGAGGUUCGCUUUCUUCCUGAAUUCUUUGAUGGAAGGUCGCCUUCCAAGAACCCUAAGACAUACAAAUACUAUAGGAAUACUAUUAUUCGUAGAUUCAGAGAUAACCCCACUAAAAAGAUAACCUUUACUGAGGCUCGCAAGACCAUUGUUGGAGACGUCGGCUCAAUUCGUAGGGUUUUCGAUUUCUCAGAGACAUGGGGUUUGAUCAAUUACACUGCUAACUCUUCCAAGUCUCUGAUCAAGUGGGAAGAAAAAGAGUCAAAGUCAACAUCUGCCUCAGCUCCGCAAAAUGCUGACGCCAAUGGAACGUCCACUGAUUUUACUCUCCCCAAGAAAAGAAUCUGCAAUCUCUGCAAAACAGUUUGCAGGAUUGCUUGUUUCGCUUCUGAUAAGUAUGAUUUGACUCUUUGUGCAAGAUGCUAUGUUAGUAAUGAUAAUAGAGUUGGCGUGAAUAAUUCAGAGCUUCGACGGGUUGAGAUUAGUGAGGAAGUUAAGACAGAUUGGACUGACAAAGAGACUUUGCACCUUUUAGAAGCUCUUAUGCAUUAUGGCGAUGAUUGGAAGAAGGUUGCUGAGCAUGUUGGUGGCAGAAGCACUAAGGAAUGUGUGGCUAGAUUUGUCAAGCUUCCUUUCGGUGAGCAGUUUAUGGGCCCUCCUGAAUCUGCAGAAAUGGAUAGUGAAUCCAGGUCUGAAACUAUGUAUCUUCAGUCUAAGAGAAGGCGCCUCACACCCUUUGCUGAUACAAGCAACCCAAUUAUAGCACAGGCUGCUUUCCUCUCUGCUCUUGCUGGAAAAGAAGUUGCAGAAUUAGCAGCACAUGCCGCUGUUACUGCUUUGUCUGAGAUUGGUGAAGGAAUAACAACAGGGAGUCUAGAAUCUGUACUCUGUGGUGCAGAGCGGCAAGAAUUGGAUGGCAAGGAUAAACUCGAAAGACCUCUUGUUGAAGCAAUGGCUCAGUUUGAGAAGGAGGCAUUGGACCUGGAGAGAGCCGUCUCUGAUGUGGCAAUUGAGACAAAGGAAAUUGAGGUCAGAAUUGCUCAUUUUGAGGAACGUGAUUUACAGAUGGAGAAGGAGUGGCAACAGCUGAUGCAACUUAAGAACCUGAUCUUCAUUGAUCAACUUACUUUUCUAGUAAAUAAAUCUGGUGCUCCAAGAGCUGGGGAAACCAUUAGGGAGGAGGUGAUAGAUGUUAAGGCAGAAUGACAAAUCCCUUUGGCAUAAUCUGGUCUCUUAGGUAUUUGUCAAAUAUUAAGCAGUAGCAAAUUCAGAGGAAUCAUAUAGCAGAAGGUAUUUAUUUAUUGGGCUUCUAACCCCCCUGUGUGCUCUCCCUACCUUAUAUUUCCUUCCUUGCAUGUUGUAUUAGAACUUGUAAUUUACAUUUUUAUUGUGUUUAAUGGUAACUGUUACUGCAGUACCUUUAUGUCCA